AUGGACGCCGCGGACCUGAAACACUACCUCGCCGAUGCGCCUCCCACCAUUGUGCGGUUGGAGAUUGAGAAGCACUUCGAGCCUCUGUCGGACCAGCAGAAGAGAUAUGCGCACUUCAUCAGCAGAGCUGCGUGGGCGGGCACCCGCAUCGUUCUCCGGUGCGUCUCGCCAGAGUCGGAGUCCAUCUUCGACUUCAUCCUAGCCCUGCACAAGAGCUCGGGAGGCGACUGGAAAGCCCUGCAGGCCAAGGCCGGCAUCUCUGAUGAAGAGCUCGACCAGUUCCUGCAGUAUGCCGCCCAAUUCCUCGGAAACAACGGCAACUACAAGAGCUUUGGUGACGCCAAGUUUGUUCCGAGAUGCUCGGAGUCGGCCUUCACUGCUCUGGCAGCUACGUCCCCUGAGGCGGACGGCUUCUACAAAGCCACCAAGGGCGCCAUCUUCUCCAGCCAGCCUUCCUCUGUCAUGCAUCUUGGAUACCCAGAGAACGGUCACAUGACCACGUACUACCCCAACUCACCAGACAUCCUGCAGUCUGAGAUCGAGGCCGUCUCUGCCUGGAUGGGGGCCAAGGGCCUGCUGCCGGAGAACACGCGAGUCACCAAGACCAAGGACGGAGUGUUCGAGAUUCUGAUCGCCUCGGCAAACACUACUGUGCCAAGUGAAGGCGGUGACAUUGGAAAGGAGACUACAUACUCUAUCACCGAUGGGCCUCUGGCGGGCAAGACCAUCAAGCUGGUGUACGGUGACUAUUCCAAGGAGAUGGCGCUCAUCACCGAGAACAUCAAGAAGGCCGCGGAGAAUGGCGACAACGAGACACAGAAGAACAUGUACAACGCGUAUGCCAAGUCAUUUGAGACUGGCUCGCUUCUGGACUUCAAGGACUCCCAGCGCUUCUGGAUUCGGGACAAGGGCCCGAUGGUCGAGUCCAACAUCGGAUUCAUCGAGACGUACAGAGAUCCGGCGGGUAUCCGAGGUGAAUGGGAAGGCUUUGCUUCGAUUGUCAACCUCGAGAGAACAAAGGCGUUUGGCGAUCUAGUCAAUGCCGCCCCGUCCCUGAUUCCCCUUCUGCCCUGGGGCAAGGACUUCGAGAAAGACAAGUUCCUGGCCCCUGACUUCACUUCACUGGAGGUCCUUACUUUUGCUGGCUCCGGUAUCCCCGCUGGUAUCAACAUCCCUAACUACGACGAUAUCCGACAAACAGAGGGUUUCAAGAACGUGUCUCUGGGCAACGUUCUGAGCGCCAAGGCCCCCAACGAGAAGAUCCCCUUCAUCGCGGAGAAGGAUCUCGAGUUGUUCAGGAAGUACCGGGACGACGCCUUCGAGGUGCAGGUCGGGUUACACGAGCUGACCGGUCACGGCUGCGGUAAGCUGCUGCAGGAGACGUCCCCCGGUGUCUUCAACUUCGACAAAGAGAACCCGCCCAUCUCGCCCCUGACCGGCAAGCCCGUGACCAGCUGGUACAAGCCCGGCCAGACCUGGGGCUCCGUCUUCGGCAGCCUGGCGGGCGCGUACGAGGAGUGCCGCGCCGAGCUCGUGGCCAUGUACCUGGGCUGCGACUUCCCGACGCUCAAGAUCUUCGGCUUCGGCGACGGCUCCGAGGAUAUGGACGGCGAGGCCGGCGACGUGCUCUACGCGUCGUACCUCUCCAUGGCGCGCGCCGGCCUGGCCUCGCUCGAGAUGUGGGAUCCCAAGAGCCGCAAGUGGGGGCAGCCGCACUCGCAGGCGCGCUUCUCCAUCUUCCAGUGCUUCCUGCAGGCGGGCGAGGGCUUCUGCACGCUCGAGCACAGCGGCGACGACGUCGCGGGCGCCGUCAUCAACCUGGACCGGUCCAAGAUCCUGACCGUGGGCCGCAAGGCCGUCGGCGACUACCUGCAGAAGCUGCACGUCUACAAGGCGACGGCGGACGUCGAGGCCGGCGGCGCCUUCUUCCUCGGCAUGACCGAGGUCGACGCCGACUACUGGGGCCGCAAGGUCCGCGACGAGGUGCUGCGCGUCAAGCAGCCCCGCAAGGUCUUUGUCCAGGCCAACACCUUCCUCGACGAGCAGACGGGCAAGGUCUCCAUCCGGCACUACGAGCCCACGCUGGAGGGCAUCAUCCAGAGCUUCGCCGAGAGGCAGGUCUGA